AUGGAGGAUUCUGAUUCUCAGUCUCCAUUUUCUCCCUCCAGUCUCCUUUGUCAAGAAACUGAAACUUGCUAUGAUGAAGACACCUUCCUCGUCACGCUAAGUACAGAAGAAGACGAUGAAUAUGUGCAAAUGGUGGUGAAUAGUGAGAUCAGUUUCUUUGACUCUUCUUCUCACAUUAUAAUCAGUCACUGGAUUAAAUGCGCUCGCUCGGACGCAGUCACUUGGAUUCUUAAUAAAACAGCAUUGUUCGGAUUCCAAUUCCAAACAGCCUACUUAUCAGUGGCAUAUCUUGAUCGGUUUCUCUCAAGGCGACUUAUUGAUGGUGAUAAGAAAUAUUGGGCCAUUCGAUUACUAUCCGUGGCAUGUUUAUCUUUGGCGGCAAAGAUGGAGGAAUGUACAGUUCCAGCACUUUCGGAGUUUUCUGUGGAGGAAUUCAAUUUUGAAAGCAAAGUCAUACAGAGAAUGGAGCUUCUGGUAUUGAAUACAUUGGAAUGGAGGAUGGGCUUUGUUACUCCUUUUGCUUAUAUUCAUUACUUCAUCACUAAGUUGUGCAAGGACUCUUCCUCAAGAAACAUUGGGUCUACAACUGUGGGAGCUAUCUUGGCUACAAUGAGAGAUGAUUCCAAUUUAAUGGAGCAUAGACCAUCUGUUAUAGCUGUGGCUGCUGUAUUGGUGGCAUUGGAUCAAAAAUUAACUAGACAGUCUUUAGAGGUCAAGAUUAAUGCCUUGUUUCCAAGUGGAUUUCUUGAAAUUGAGGAUGUGUUUUCUUGUUAUACUCGAAUGCGGGAUUUAAACAUCGAGAAAAUUAAAUUACCUAACCAUAUGAUAUCCCCAAUUUUGUCACCAAUACAAAUGAGAAUGCCCAAUGUUAAUGAAAAUUCUGCCAAAAGAAAGAGGCUUACAUUUGAUGAUAAUGAUCAAAACUAUGGCACACCUGAGGAGAAGGCGAAACGACACGGCUAG